AUACCGUUAUCCCAGUUAUCCGUCCCCGAAAUACUCGGCUCAAUCAAUCGAUGGGUGUGCUCCCACACCUUCGCGCACCUCUCGAUCUUGGGCGUCCGUUGGCGGAAGUCUUGAUCUUGUGAGUCAUCGUUCGUUCCAAGGUUUCGGCACUCAUUACCCUCAAUGCAAGCUCCAAGUUCCGCUGACUGUUGCGAAAUCUUUCCACCGGAGAUGUCGCGCGAAAACAAACAUGUCGGCGCCCAUGUGUGAGGUCACGUGUGUGCAGUGCCCAAAGCGUGCGCGUUUCAAAGUAACGUACCGGUAAUGAACGUGUGAACGAUGUCCGGCCACAAGAUACGUGCGUGAAGCGUCCGCUCCGCAUCGUAUCAAGUCGAGUACAUGUUCUGUAACGCCGCACUAUGAUCGAAAAGCGAGAUUAGUCACGAGCGAAGUUAAAAACGCUGCAACAUGACGGACGUGACCUCUUGCAACUUCGAGCGUCUCGCGCCCGAAAUCGAGGCCGCUAUUGAAAGUGCCGCGUUUGUGGCCAUCGACACGGAAUUCACGGGCCUCGUUUACGGUCCGGACGCAACGCCUAGCCUCUUCGACAGCAUCGAAGAUCGCUACGCCAAGCUGCGUCAGACCGUCGCUUCUUUCUACGUGUGCCAACUGGGACUCUGCACGUUCACCCACGUGCCCGAAGAGAAUCUCUACAAGGCGCGAGCCUACAACGUCUACCUGUGUCCGCGUUCCUUCGGCAGCGUGGAUCCCCAGUUUUGUGUUCAAGCCUCGUCGAUCGAGUUUCUGUGCCAGAGCGGUUUCGACUUCAACAAGUGCUUCUACGAGGGUGUCCCUUACGCCGACAGGGCGUGUCAGAGGGCCGCAGACCUGUACAUUAUGAACGAGCGCUAUUUCGAGAAACCGGGCUUGACUAAAAUAUACGACGCCGUGCGCCACUGGUUGAACAACAACGACCGUUCCAAGUCGUCGGACGGCGAGGGUUCGUUGACGGUGACCCUGCCCGAAGGUCUGAGCGCCGUGGUAGUCAUGGCCGAUCUGAAGACGCGUUUCCCUGGCGUCCAAGUCGAGGUUUCUCGCGGCGGGCUCAAGCUGACGCUGCCUGAGGACUUCGAACCUCAGCGCGUAGCCGCGGAAGGCAGAGCUCCCACAGAGUCGGAGUUGCGUCGCGCCAUGCUCGGUUUCAGCCGCUGCUUCGAGGUGCUAGCCGCGAGCGGCAAGCCCGUGGUGGGUCACAACAUGCUCUUAGACCUGCUUCUACUGUACCACCAGUUCUGCGAGCCCCUGCCCAAGUCAUACGCCAAGCUCAAGGCCGGACUGAGCUCCGUGUUUCCUGCUGUGUACGACACCAAGCACAUGUCUCUGCAACUUCGGCAACAGGGCGUUUCAUGGCUGAAGGAGUUAAUGUCGGGUGCAGACCUGUUCUCCCUGUUCAAGGCUCUGAGCAACUCGGUGGUACCAUACGCACCACGUGUCGAGGGAGCCCCCAAGGACCUACGGGCUCACGAGGCUGGUUGCGACGCUUAUGCGGCGGGCUUCGUCUUUCUGAAACUGGCACACAUAGUCGCUCAAAGGCUUCCGAUGCCUCCCCGCGCCCUUUCUUGGCGUAACCACCGGGACGCCGUGCGGCCUUACGCAAACCGGGUGAACCUGAUCCGUGCCCAGUACCACCACCUCAGCCUGGGCCCCGCCGACAGGGCCGCCGAGACGAGACCUCCGUGGCUGUGCAUCCGCUUGCCGGCACAGGCGCAGGCGCAGGUACGGGCCGUGCUGGCUCGUUGCGGCGUCGUCGACAUGCGCUGCCUCUCGCGCCACUGCCUCCUGGUUGCCGUGGGCAACUAUGGGUGCGCGAGGGACAUUGUGGAGGCCUUUCAAGAUGACCCCUUGGUCAGGGUGGUGAAGUACAAGUCUUAUCGGCACAACGUCAUCACGCGGGCCUGGCUGUGGGCGACCACUGUCGGCACGCUUGCGCUGACGGCAGCGUGUGCACUCAAGCUGGUGUCUGGAAAGGUGCCAGCUCUGUGAUACGUCUAUAUUGAACUCAUAAAACAUCAGUUAUCCGAGGUGUUCCGGUUGUGCACAUUUGGCUCGCGAUCGGAGUAUCUGGCUGUAUGUGGCCACCACCUUGUUGGCGUGUGCUGGUGUGGAAUUGUAAGGAAUUAUUGCAGCGGCGUUACUUUAUUGUUAAAUGCUGAUCGUGUGGUUGUCUGAUCUGAUGGAAUUUUUCCAGCGAAUAAAGCGAGUUUGCGAGUGUGUACUGCACUGC